AUGUCUGGCAAGUACGUCUUCACCCAGGGCCUGAAGGAGCUCCGUUUCCUCUUCUGCCAGACCUCCGAGGCCAGCGCUGCCACCAGGUGCGUACCAUCCGAAGCCAAUGCCUCAACUCCAUUGAUUGACCCCAAUAUCAACAGAACUUUCCUCAACCGCGCCUACCCUACCAUGAAGAAGCACAACCCUAACACUCCUAUUAUGAUGCGCGAAGCCGCAGGCACCCAGCCUCGUGUCUUUGCCCGUUACGCCUUCGGAUUGGAAAAGCAAGAAGCACUGUCCGGUCUCUCGGACGCGCAGAUUGAAGAUCGCAUCACGCAAUUGGUGAAGCAAUCAUCAUAA